AGUUCAGUCCAAGUUGACUUGGCCAGUUUCUCCUCAUCUAACCAUGUCCCACAGUACACCACAUUAUACGUAUGUUUUACUUUUGUUUCGUAGUUGACCAGAAACUUUCUAUAUUUUCCUGGUCUGCUUUUUCUCCAAAGAUUGGAUCUUUUUGUGCUUGGAUCCGUUGAGAAACUAUAUGGAUUUGUCCCUUCAACACUCUGUACUUCAUUCUUGAUUUCCAAUAGCUUGGUGAGGACUUAUUUUGGUACUCAUUUCUUUUUCUUGUUUUUCCUAGCUGAUGAAAUGCUGAGUCUUUUGGGGAUUUUGUCUCUAUAAUUUACCGAUAUUAUCUUGGCUACUUGUUUAGUUCAAUCUUGAUUGCUUAGGAUCUAGAAGAAAUCUCUCCAAAAAUCUGAGCUUUUUGGUUUUUUUCAGACUUUGCAAUUUGGUUUCACUUUGAAUGACUUAGGUAGCUAAUUUUUUUUGUAUGUGAUAUUUAGUUUACUUGAAAAUGGGUUCAGUCAGAAAAGCAGUUUAUUAUUGUUCAGUGUCUAAAGGGGAUGAACUUCUAUACGCAUAUAAUGGUGGAGAUCAUGAGAUUGAGAAUUUAGCUGCAUUGUGUUUGGAAAGGAUUCCUCCUUUCCAUAAAUGGUAUUUUCAAACUAUGGCUAAGAAAACUUUUGGGUUUUUGAUGGAAGGUGAAGGGUAUGUUUACUUUGCUAUUGUAGAUGAGGGUCUUGGUAAUGCUGAAGUCUUAAAGUUUCUAGAACAAUUAAAGGAUGAAUUUAGAAAAUUGGCUAAAAAUAGUUCUUGCUGGACUCUGUCGAAUCGAAACUCACUUUGUUUACAAGGAGAACUAGUUCCUGUUAUUGGGCAAACUGAGGGUGGUGCUUCAGCAAAUGCCCUGUUAUUGGGAAAGCAAAGUAGACAAGAAAACAAGAAAAUGAAGGAUCACGUAAUUGGUAUGAGAGAUACUGAAGAAGUUAAGGUUGAUUCAGGAGCUCUAGAUACGAACAGUCAAGGUACAACAGUUCCUCCAAUUAUGCCACAGAAAGAGUUGUGUUUGGUAAGGAGCAUAACAAGCUCUCAAAACUUUCAAAAGAACUGGUGCCGCCAUGUACGCAUUGUCCUUGCCAUUGAUGUUGUGGAGCAAAGGAGAUCAAUGUUUUAGCUUUGUGAAAUACUUCAGCACAUUGUUGCAUCACAAUAAGCAUUUCUGAAGAAAGUGGAUAAUGAAAUUAACGGAUCAAGCAGCUUUUAUACUUAUGUCAAGUACAAGUUUCAUCAAAGUAUACUUGAAGCUCAUUUUGUACAGGUAUCAUUUUGCUUAUGGAUAGAGUAGGGGAUGCAGAUUACCACUGAGGCGAGGUUCUUGUUGGCUAUUGUCUUCCAAGUUAUUUGCAGCUUCACUGUUGUUACUCCUUGUAACUGCCACAUGAGUGCUUCAUUUGAAUAUUUUUAAGUGUUCUUGUUUUCCUAUUCGAUUGAGACUGGUCUAAUUGGAGUUAUAUGGAACCAACCCCAACUAGCUUGGGGUUGAGCCAUAGUAGUAUUUGUAGUUCUUUCUUUUCCAUUGCAAUCCUGUGUAUAUACAAAUGGCUGGUUACAUAUAUUUUGCUACUGUUUUCAAUUAAAAGUUUGCUUUGAAAUCAAAUACUGCAUUUGUCUA